ACACUUAAGGGAUGUCUACUCUGGGAGUUGGGAAGUAUGAUUGCAGCAUGUGUAGGCAUACCUGAGCUGGCUCUGAUCUAGCUAGAUCAAAGCUAGCUAGAGUAACUAUAGACACCUUUAGAAAAUUUCCACUAGAAAUUCAAUUUAAAAGUCCAGAUUGAAUUGCUUGUCUAUGUUCAGGGUUACAGCCUGUUUUCUCUCCUGGUAGAGGUAGCUCCAGAUAGCAUAGCAUGCUGGAGAGUAGCUACUGUCCACAGAUACCUGGCACUGAUUCUAACCAGACUGUCAUUCUCAGAUCAGUCUCUGCAUUUCUGCUGACCAAAUUGCCUUCAUCAUGAGAUCAUGUCUUUCCAGAGAAAUCCCACUAAUGCCUUUAUUCUGUGAAAGUAGUAUAUAAAGAGGGAGGCUUUCUGAGUCUCCACUGUGCAGUCCAGCAAAGACAUCACUGUCCCCAGAGACUGCACUGUCUUCUCUCUACCGUCGAACUUGCAGCAGCAGAAAACAUGGACAUUACCAUCCAGCACCCCUGGUUCAAACGAGCUCUUGGACCCUUAUUUCCAAGCCGUUUGUUUGACCAGUAUUUCGGAGAGGGUCUUUUCGAUUAUGAUCUCCUGCCUUUGUUCUCUUCCACCAUCAGUCCCUAUUACAGGCACUCUCUCUUCCGCACCGUUCUGGAAUCAGGCAUUUCAGAGGUGAGGUCUGACCGGGACAAGUUUACAAUCCUCCUGGAUGUAAAACACUUCUCUCCUGAAGAUCUGAGUGUGAAGAUUAUGGAUGACUUUGUGGAAAUCCAUGGCAAGCACAAUGAGAGACAGGACGACUAUGGCUACAUUUCCCGUGAAUUCCACCGCAGAUACCGCCUGCCUUCCAACGUGGACCAAUCUGCCAUCACCUGCUCCCUGUCUGCUGAUGGCAUGCUAACUUUCUCUGGCCCCAAAGUCCAGUCCAACAUUGACACCAGCUACAGUGAGAGACCCAUUCCUGUAUCCCGAGAGGAGAAGCCUGCCUCGGCUCCUUCUUCCUAAGCUGAUCCGGCUGAUGAAGCAUCCAUGCGUCUGUCACCGUUCGCAGGCCUCAUUCACAGAGUCAUUACAUAGGUAUCAGUGAAUAUCUAGAGGGAGUUAUUUUUUGUUUUAAAUUUUUCUUGGAUGACUGAGGGGCUGGGUGAGCAGCUAGUGGACUUUGAAGCUUAAGCCUAAUCAUUAUGAUGUCAGGAUGACAUGAAACAAGUGUGCUGCCAAACUGAUGUAUUUGCUGAAAAGGUCUUUAAACUGUACUGGAUUUGGUAACAUCUACCAAAUAUGAAUAAGUGCACAACUAACAUUAGCUCCCAACACACCCAUCAUUAGCACAAGGCUUGUGCGGUGAAAAGCCCGGCAGACCUGCUCUAGUCUAAAGAAAUUAAAAUCAGAGCUAAGCUGAUUACUGUGAAAAAACCCGGAGAGACUGUGCACUUGCAAUGAAUGUGCCAUGAGUUUCUUGGAACAAAAGCGAGAACAACAGUGUAUAAUGUUUUGGAAUUGCAACAUUUUUUUCAGCAAAGUCUUUAAGUGUAUCUGUUUACACCACUGCAGUGUCAUCUUCCUUUAGUGCCAACUGAUGCAAGGACAAGCAUGUCUUUCCAAUGUCUCUGUAGACCCUUUGGGGGGUCCAUCAUUGUGCUGAGGCUUCAAAUCCCUACCGAGCUCUUCCCAGCCUGCAUGUAGCAUACCAUCUUUCUUAAUCUUGCUGUAAUUCUAAUAUAACUCCAACUGUUCUAAUGAUAUCUGACACACAAUCUGAGAACUCAGUCAGAGGCAGUCAAUAAAGAAAA